GAACUGAACUCAGAUCUCUAGAAGAGCUAUAGAAGUGCUCUUAACAACUAAGUCAACUCUCCAGCCUCAGUAAUUUCUAAAUCAGUGGCAUAGUCAUUACUAUAAUCAAGUGUGAUUGAGUGUAAAUGAUUGUAUGUGCCCUGCUUGUAUGUGACUAUCAGUGCAGAGAAUGUAAUAUGUUGCCCUAUGACAUUAAGCUGGCACUGGUGCCAAGAGGUGUUAAUUAUCUUGUGGGGCCACUGUCAUAGGAUUGGGACAUAUACAGACCUGUUAACUCAGAUUUCUGGGGUAGUAUCUAUUUCUAUUUAGGGUCUGUAGUUUAUUUUAUUCUUUGUUUUUAUUAGUAUUUUGUGUGUACAUGUGGUAUGUAUAUGCUAUGCAGUAUGUACAUAUAUCGCAUGUGAAUGGGCAUGUAUGUGGGUGAAAGUGCAUGUGUAGGCUACUCGUUGAUUUUGGACAUCUUACUUUAUUAUUGCCCCCCUUAAUUUUUGAGACAGGGUCCCUCACUGAAUCAGAAACUGAUGAAUUUGGCCAGGCUGUUUGGCCAGUGAGCUCCCGGGAUCUUACUGUCUCCACAGUAACCCAGCACUGGGAUUGCAGGCGCCAUGUCUGGCUCUCAGAUGGGUGCUAGGAGUCUAACUCAGACCCAAAGUUUGCAAAACAGGUCCUUAAUUCACUGGGCCGUCUCUAGAGCCUCUCCUUUUGUGUUUGAAGCAAGGUCUCACUCUAGCCCAGGCAGACCUGGCGCUCAUUGUGUAGCUAAGAUAGCAUCAAACUCACUACAGGAUUGUUGCAGCCUCCUAUGUGCUAAGAUUACAGGUGUCAGCCACCACACCCAACGGAUCUGGAGUUUUCAGCAUAGACUUGGUCCGGGGUGCCCAAAUUGCCAAGAAGCCUAUGCUGAGUGCCUCACCCAGCACCCUUUUCUCCCUUCCCUGCCUAGCAUCCUCCGCAAAGCGCUGGAUAAGAUAGCUGAGAUCAAGUCUCUGUUGGAAGAGAGGCGGAUUGCGGCCAAGAUCGCAGGUCUCUACAAUGACUCGGAGCCCCCACGGAAGACCAUGCGCAGAGGGGUCCUGAUGACACUGCUGCAGCAGUCAGCCAUGACCCUGCCCCUCUGGAUCGGGAAGCCUGGUGACAAGCCCCCACCCCUCUGUGGAGCCAUUCCAGCCUCAGGGGACUAUGUGGCCAAACCUGGAGACAAGGUGGCUGCUAGAGUGAAGGCUGUGGACGGGGACGAGCAGUGGAUCCUGGCUGAAGUAGUCAGUUACAGCCACGCUACCAACAAGUAUGAGGUUGACGACAUUGAUGAAGAAGGCAAAGAGAGACACACCCUGAGUCGGCGGCGCAUUAUCCCACUGCCCCAGUGGAAAGCUAACCCUGAGACAGACCCUGAGGCCUUGUUUCAGAAGGAGCAGCUGGUUCUGGCCCUAUAUCCCCAGACCACCUGCUUCUACCGUGCACUGAUCCACACCCCCCCACAGCGGGUAAGGAGCCACCGUGGAAGGCCUUUGACACCAGAACCUUAAGGCCUCAGGAUGACUACUCAGUCCUGUUUGAAGACACCUCCUAUGCAGAUGGCUACUCCCCUCCUCUCAAUGUGGCCCAGAGGUACGUGGUGGCUUGUAAGGAGCCCAAGAAAAAGUGAAGCUGGAUGGCAGGCUUGAGUCUCAUGGGAAAAGGCAACAAAGGAGUUCCUGUAAUCAAAUAAAUACUCUUCCCUCUCA